AUGAUCCAAAUAGAGAACGACGAGCCUCCCGAGCCACCCGCUUCUUCCUCGACCUUGUUGUCGUCAGCUUCGCCCGCCGCCGCCGGAGACCACCGCCCGCCUCUACCUACCAUUGCGAAGCCCGCUCUCGACGAUGCCCUCUCGCCCACCGCCGCCGACGCCGACGCCGUCACCGUUGCUGGCGCUCGCGUCGACCCUCUCUGCACCGACGCCCUGCGCCUCCUGAACCGCUCGCCACACCCAUACCACCGCCGCAGACAGCAAUUGCGCGAGCCGACCGCGGGGAGCAACCCAUCCUCGACUGCUUCCUCGGACUACGAGAAUAACGAUAGCAACAAUGAUGGCGACAAUGCCAAAAUGAGCAAGCGCCAGCGCGCCGCGCCGACGUCGUACCCCUCGCAGGCAGCUUCGCGCAGUAUGAGCGAGAGCGGCACCGAGGCCGACGACGAGGGCUACGGCUUUGUGAAGGCGCUGCCGGCCCCGUUCAUCCGACCGCACAAGGGGUUGAGGGACGUGAAGGACGCCGACGCAGCGAAUGACUCGGGAUUGCUGACGCCGAGCGUGCUGGAGGAGGAGGGGAGGCGGUUGAGUGCGGCGCCGGGGUACUAUUCGCAGAGGAGGGGCAAAGGCGGAGUGGAAGACGAGACGGUCGAGGAUGAGAGGGUGAAGAGAGAAAGGGAGAGGUUCGUGAAGAGGAGAAGGGCUGAGAUGCUGAGGAGGGGGUGCGAGGUCAUGCUGCUGGCGGCGAUUGGAGCGGUAGUUCUGCGCGGAGCGAUGGCGCGGAAGAGUUUAGAUGCAUGGAGCAGAGCAGAGCUGUCCGGUUACGUCGCCCUUUGCGCGCUGCUCGUCCUGCUCUACCCGGUCCGCCUGCUGAUAUUCCCGCGCAAAGGGUCAAAGGAAGAAAGGCCACGCCUAUGGGAUCGGAUACAUGUGCCCGCUGCAUUCGACCCGGCUCCCCUUCUAUACCCAGCGGCGAUACCCGUUUUCGUUUCUUUAUCAUUAUACCCCAGCAUGGAAAAGCUUCUCUUGCCGAAUAUUGUCCUUGCGGUGUCCGCUCUUCCGCCGGUACUCAUCCCUUCAUACGGCCGCGGAAUCGGGUACGCUAUGGAGCAUUGGUUUAUUUCCAUUAUUCCCCUCGUAAUAUCGGAGCAUACCGACAUUCCUUCGAAAAUCACAGCCAUCCGACCAUACUUGUUGAAGGCGCCAGCAGAUCGCAUGGAUUCGGAAACCAUAGUUUCUCUUUUUGCACUGCAUCAGGCGCUUUUACCUCCGCUCUAUUACCUCACGACCACAAGCCUUCUUCCCGCCGAACUGCACCUGCUUUCCAUAACCCUAAUCAACCUCCUGCUCUUCUCCACAAGCCCGCAGAUGACGAUUCUCAAGUCCAUACUUUGGAUUGGUGGAGUCCUGCUCUUUUUGCUCUGUGGACAUACUCUGAGAUGGAACGUUGCGCUGGCGCGCAUACCGAAAUGGAGGUUCAGGCGAGCAGGGCGUAUCAUCAAAGCUCAACAAACUUUCCUGGGCAUCUUGAAUGAGGGCCUUCGGUCAAGCUCCUCGCGGUCCAGAAGCAGGGGAGGGCUUGCUUCUGAUAGCGAUGCUGACGAGGACGGUUUCCCAGGCCACGUCUCAGAUGACCUUAGGCUCAAGCCCGUCGAAUCCGCACCUGGGACUAUCCAGCACGCAGCAUCAGUUGGAACUAAGCUCGCUUUCGGAGCCUUUCGGGAUGCAAUACUUCCUUCUAGAGACACCAACACCUCGGCUACGCGGAGAGGGCGCAGGCAUACUUUAUCGAGCAUUGACCCUGGAAAGGAUACUUCACGCUCUGCCACUGGUAGAGCCAGGCGCAGGAAACAGUCUUAUGCGCAAUCGUUUCUCGCGCUCACGCCGAUGCAGGCUACCGUCAGGAGAUGGUUGUAUGCUGGAUGGGUCUAUAUCGCUAUGGCGCUUCUUAUCCUAGCACCUAUCAGGGCCUUCAUUGGGAAGUUCGCUCUAAACGGUCAAGAGCCGUUUGGCUGGGCAAUCGGAUAUCUCCUCGGCAAUAUUCGAGACGUGCGCUUUUUCAUCUUCGACUGGGGCCUCUCCGGCUGGAUCAGCCUCCCUCCCCUCCCUGAUUUUACCGCGGAGGACCUCGCCCAACUCUCACGAGCCGAGUUCGUCCGCCAGAUCGUUUUCGGCGGCGCGGCUAACACCCGUCUUCUCAUCACAGGAUAUUGGGUGCUCAUCCUCACCCUUGGCAUGGCGACCGUCCUCUCCCUUUCGACAACCGUUGAGGUGGACACGCGCCGCAAGGUCUUCCACGGCAUGAUGGUCGCCAUGCUUCUGCCCACGAUCUUCAUCGACUCAUGUUUCAUCGCCCUCACCCUUGCUCUUGUUCUCUCCGUCUUCUGUCUCCUAGACCUCAUCCGUGCCGCCCAACUUCCACCGCUAUCGAAACCGCUUGCCUAUUUCCUCACCCCUUACGUCGACGGCCGCGAUCUUCGUGGCCCUGUCGUGGUCUCCCAUAUAUUCCUACUCAUCGGUUGCGCGAUCCCUCUGUGGCUCAGCCUCGCGGGUGCGUCGCGCGAUGAUGGAGAAGAGGGAGGACCGUGGCGUGGUUGGGAGGCCCGGGGCCCGAAGGACGUAAGCAUGGUGGCGGGCGUUGUGUGCGUCGGCAUGGGCGACGCAGCCGCGAGCCUGAUCGGGCGCCGCUGGGGCCGCAGGAAGUGGCCGUGGCUCGGCGGCAAGAGCCUUGAGGGCAGCAUCGCGUUCGCAGCGGCGGUAACCAUGGGAUUGGUCUUUGGGAAGGCGUGGCUACGACUGGGCCAGUGGGACGGAAGCGGUGUCGUUGGUGAGGGGGCGCACGCACUGUGGCCCGGUUUCCGAGACGUGCUGGGUUUAGUGAGGCCUGUGGAUGUGGGUAAAGCAGCGUGUGCGGGUGCAGCGGCAAGCUUCAUGGAAGCGGUGUUGACAGGCGGGAAUGAUAAUGUGGUGGUACCAGUGGUGCUGUGGUUGGUUGUCAGGGGAUUGGGGGUUUGA